AUGGCUGCGCCAUCCAACAGUGCCGUUCCACCCAAAAUAGGAACGCGAUUUUCCAGAGACACCGCUCGUCUUCUCAAAGAGUGGCUUAAUACCCACAGUCACUACCCGUAUCCUAGUCAAGCCGAUAGGCAGAGUCUGCAGCUGUCGACUGGACUUUCCAAAACUCAGAUAUCAAACUGGCUUGCCAAUGCGAGAAGACGCCAGAAAUCACUCGCAAACACCACUCCUGCACGUUCUCCUUGGUCAGAUGAGUCAGGCGCCCAUGUACCAAGGCGUCCAGGAACUCCAAUUCCGAAUCGGACACGCAUGGAGAGCCAUUAUCUUGACAUGGAUCCUAUGGAGAGAUGGGUUGACUCGCCUCCCGAGGAUGAGCCUGCAGCAGUUGAUGAUAUCGCUCGCGCAAUAGCCUCUGGGAAUCCGUCAGCCUCAAGUGAGUCCAAUUACAACCGCCGCGAAAGCUCGGCAAGUAGUGUCGUAUCUUCCAGAGAGGGCUCCAAGGCAUCUGCAAGUUCUCGAGGCUCACUUAAAUCUGCAAGUUUGCCGCCCUCUUUCAAGAAACGAGGACGGCCCAGAACUCGUAAAGGAGGGCACAGCACGCCCCUUGUGCAAAACCGAGGCCCUUUCCAGUGCACAUUUUGUACAGAGACAUUUCGCGCCAAGUACGAAUGGAAGAGACACGAGAAGUCGCUCCACAUACCACUGGAUAGAUCCAAUCCAGAUGAGGCACAUCUCAACCUUCACAACUACAUGGCCUGUCACGGGAGAGUCUUCAACCGUAAGGACCAUCUGAAACAGCAUUUACGCCUUUUUCAUGACGCACCAGGCGUUGAUUGGGUCAUAGAAGGUUGGAAAACUGCUACCCCGGAGAUUCGCUCGCGUUGCGGCUUUUGCGAGCAGUUGCUUCCGACCUGGGAAGAUCGCGUUGAUCAUUUAGCGGACCACUUCAAGUCGGGGAAAACAAUGGCAUCCUGGACUGGUGAUUGGGGUUUUGAACCAUCAGUGAUGGAGACUGUUGAACACUUUAUGCCUCCGUAUAUCAUUGAUCACGAGCGUCACACGCCAUUCCCAUUCAAUGCCACCUUAGUUCCUCCUAAUUCACCACGCAGUGCGUACGAAUUGUUGACCUUGGAGCUGGAGUACUUCAUGCAAAGACAUAUGGACGAAUACGGACAGGUACCCAAGAAUUCCGAAAUUCAACUGGAAGCUUGCCGUGUCAUAUUUGCAUCGGAGGUUCUGUGCACCUCGCCCAACAUUCAAGAGACAGACACCUCAUCCUGGCUACGAGAUCUCAUCGAAUCAAAUGAAGACAUUACCACGAAGGCGAAAUUUGGAUCCAUAAGAUCACAGGCGGAGAGUAGACUUUCAGUUCUCCGGAUCAACGGGAAAAGGACACUGUUUGAUUCGUGCCCGCUAGAGCUUCAGCUGCGAGACUACGUCCACACUCUUUGA